CCAUCAUGCCUGCUCUCCAGCCCGUCGCCGAAGUGCCGGGGCACGCCGACCCGGCCUGGGCGGUUGCCUUCAACCCCUCACGCGCCCUCCUCGCGUCGUGCAGCACCGACCGCACCGUGCGGCUCUACACGUACUCUCUGCCAUCCGACUCGACCGACGUCAGCUCCCUCGCGUCCCCUACCUCUCCCAUGCCGACAUUCACCCUCGCGACCGCCAUCCCGACAGGGCAUAAGCGCACGGUGCGCAGCAUUGCGUGGGCGCCAGGAGGGCGGACCCUCGCCACGGCUAGCUUUGACUCGACCGUCGGUGUGUGGGAGGAAGAGGACGAGGGCGAGUGGGAGUGCGUGACCACGCUUGAGGGCCACGAGAACGAGUGCAAGAGUGUCGGGUUCAGCGCGGACGGCGGGCUGCUCGCGAGUUGCUCGCGCGAUCGCUCCGUCUGGGUGUGGGAGGUCCAGCCCGACGCGGACUUUGAGUGCAUUGCAGUGAUGAUGGAUCACGGGGCGGACGUCAAGGCCGUUUCGUGGCAUCCGCAUGACGAGCUUCUCGCCUCGGCUUCAUACGACUCCAACAUCCACCUGAUGUUCGACGACCCCGAUAGCGACUGGACAUUGAUCCAGCGGCUGCAGCCCGCCCUCGCCCCCUCACCUCUCGAACUCCCAUCCACCGCUUCCCCGUCGUUGCGAGAGGCGCUCUCCCCCACCCCGCCCGAGAAGGAGGCGGAGGCGCUCGACGUCCCGCCUCUGCGCGAGCCCGAGACGGUGUGGUCCCUCGCCUGGUCUCCGGACGGCAAGUUCCUCGCCUCGGGCGGCGACCAAGGCGGCGUGCGGCUGUGGGAGCGCGUGCCCCGCGCUCAAGCUGAAGCGGAGGAGAUCGGCGAGAUGGAGGUCGCAACGGGGAUGGAGAUGCGCGAGGUGAGCCACACGGCCGCGCACGCUGGCGCCGUGUUCUCGCUCGCUUGGGGGCCCGGGCCGGGCACCGAGGGACUGUUGGCCAGCGGCGGCGCCGACGGGCGCAUUAUUGUUUGGGAAAUCGCGGGCGGCAGGCUCGUCCCCAUCGCCGGCGCGCGUGAGGCGCAUGGCGUCGCGGACGUGAAUGGCCUCGGGUGGAAUGUGCGCGAGGAUGGCAAGGGUACGGGGAUCCUCGCGAGCGCGGGCGACGACGGGAGCAUCAAGGUGUGGCGCGUGGUUGCGGAUGCGUAGAUGAGAUUAGAGCGGUAGAGGGAUGGGAUUGCAUGGCAGA